UCGUCGGUUCUCGUUUGCCAAAGCACGCUCCACCUCCUGCUGUCCCUUAGCCUCCCCUCAGCCUCUCUCUCUUCCCAAAACCUAACCCUAAUUCUUCUUUCUCGUCUCGUUUGCUCUCCAACGUGUAGCCAUGGCUGGAGAGGAGACCACGCUGGAGGUGGUGGAGGAGAAGGUCCAGGAUCCAGCGCCUGCGGAGCCCAAGGCGGAGGAUACCCCGACCAAGGCGACGGCCAAGCCGAAGAAGGCCAAAGAGCCCAAGGCUAAGAAGCCUUCCGCUCCCAGGAAGCCCCGAUCUCCUCCUGCCCACCCCCCUUACAUCGAGAUGAUCGGAGAGGCGAUCACGUCGCUGAAGGAGAGGACUGGAUCGAGCCAGUACGCGAUCACCAAGUUUAUUGAAGACAAGCACAAGGCCCACCUCCCCCCCACGUUCCGCAAGCUUCUCCUCCUCCAGCUGAAGAAGCUCACCGCCAGCGGCAAGCUCACCAAGAUCAAAAACUCUUACAAGCUCUCGCCCUCUCGCUCUCGAGCUCCGGCGAGGCCCGUCCCCGCUCCCGCUCCGGCGAAGACCAAAGUGAAACCCAAGCCCAAGCCCAUCGCGGCGGCCAAGCCGAAGCCCAAGCCCAAGCCCAAGACUGCUGCGGCAGCGAAGCCCAAGACGAGGACGAGGCUGGCGGCGGAUGCGAAGCCGAAGCCGAAGGCGACGGGCGCGGCCAAGCCCAGAGCUGCCGCGGUCAAGCCCAAAGCUGCCGCGGCCAAGCCGAAGCCGAAGCCGAAGCCGAAGCCUAAGCCUGCGGCGAAGGUAGCGAAGGCGAAGGCGAAGGCGAAAACCCGGUCGGCGAAGGCGGCGAAGACCUCUGCCAAGGACACGCCCGGGAAGAAGGCCGCCUCGCCGGCGAAGCCUGCAGCCGUCCCGAAGAAGGCCGCCGCAGCCAAGGCGGCCCCGAAGAAGGCGAAAGCCGGGAAGCCCGCCGCGAAGCCUCCGUCGAAGAAGGCCCCUGCGAGGAAGGCCAAAAAGUAGGUGUUUUUUUUUAAAAAAAAUCCCGAGGGGCUGUUGUUUGUAAAUUUGAUGAUGUAGUAGGGGAAUGCACCGCGUUUGCAUGCCUUUGCGGGUUUUUUUAGACAAGGGAAAUAUUUGCACACCGCUCUUCUAUCCGAUAAUUCCUGUUUCGUCUUAUCCGUUUCAAUCCGGAAUUGACUAUCUACAGUUGGGUCCAA